CUUCUGAGUCUAGGCAAUUGGAAGAAUGGCAGGAAGAGGAAAGAAAGAGGAAGAGAAUGGGGCUUUGAAGGGCCAUGAGAAAUUCUGUGGAAACGGAUUGGACAUCCUAGUGCAAGAAGAUGUGGCAGUGCAGGUCUGCAGCUUAACGGAGCCUGGGCAGGAGGUGGCUGAUGUGGGUUUCACCUGCAUAGAGAUUCCUGCUGACGCCUCUAUUUGGAAGAAUGCAAUAGUAUUUGCGUAUUUGAACCUACAGCCAGUCCUUGGGCCAGAAGCUGAGGCUGAACUGCCUCUUGAUUUACAGCUUCCACCCCCAGUUUCCAUUCUCCCCUAAAGCACUGGAUUCAGGUAACCGCGGACGCACUUGGCUCCUCCCGCACUGGCCGCUGCCCUCGGCGGGACAAUGGGCGCCCUAGCAGCCCCGAGCGUUCCCAGGGCGCAGGCGCGGCGCGGCGUGGCGUCGCCUAGCAACGAGGCACAACAAGGGACUUGGGGUUCGUCUGCUGGGUUUGCGGAGCAGCUAGCUACUCGGCGGGAUCUCCCGGCAGGAUGGGUAAAAAGAUAAAGAAGGAAGUAGAGCCUCCUCCUAAGGAUUUGUUUGACCCAUUAAUGAUUGAAAGCAAAAAAGCAGCAACUGUGGUGUUAAUGCUUAAUUCUCCAGAAGAGGAAAUUUUGGCUAAAGCAUGUGAAGCCAUUUAUAAAUUUGCUUUAAAAGGUGAGGAAAAUAAAACAACCCUCCUUGAACUUGGAGCUGUGGAACCUUUAACUAAGCUACUCACCCAUGAAGACAAAAUUGUAAGAAGAAAUGCUACUAUGAUAUUUGGAAUCCUGGCUUCUAAUAAUGACGUUAAAAAAUUGUUAAGGGAGUUAGAUGUCAUGAAUUCUGUCAUUGCCCAGCUCGCUCCAGAAGAAGAAGUAGUUAUCCAUGAGUUUGCUAGUCUUUGUCUAGCAAACAUGUCUGCAGAGUACACCAGUAAAGUGCAAAUAUUUGAACAUGGGGGAUUAGAGCCACUCAUCAGACUACUGAGUAGCCCCGACCCGGAUGUAAAGAAGAACUCUAUGGAAUGCAUUUACAACUUGGUGCAGGAUUUUCAGUGUCGAGCUAAACUUCAAGAACUAAAUGCAAUACCUCCUAUCUUAGAUCUCUUGAAGUCAGAAUAUCCAGUGAUUCAGUUGUUGGCUCUCAAAACCUUAGGUGUUAUUACAAAUGAUAAGGAGUCUCGAACAAUGCUAAGAGACAAUCAAGGAUUGGACCAUCUUAUUAAGAUCCUAGAAACUAAGGAAUUGAAUGACCUUCAUAUAGAAGCACUUGCAGUGAUAGCCAAUUGCCUUGAAGACAUGGAUACUAUGGUGCAGAUUCAGCAGACAGGGGGUCUUAAAAAGCUCCUGUCAUUUGCAGAAAACUCUACAAUUCCUGAUAUUCAGAAGAAUGCAGCAAAAGCCAUUACUAAAGCAGCUUAUGAUCCUGGAAAUAGAAAACUUUUUCAUGAACAAGAGGUUGAAAAGUGCCUUGUAGCCCUUUUGGGUUCUGAAAAUGAUGGAACUAAAAUUGCUGCUUCCCAAGCUAUUUCAGCAAUGUGUGAGAAUUCAGGCAGCAAAGAUUUUUUCAAUAAUCAGGGGAUUCCACAGUUAAUUCAGUUGCUAAAAAGUGACAAUGAAGAGGUGCAGGAAGCGGCAGCUCUAGCCCUGGCAAACCUAACCACUUGCAACCCUGCUAAUGCAAACGCUGCUGCUGAAGCUGAUGGUAUUGAUCCAUUAAUAAACGUCCUGUCUAGUAAACGAGAUGGAGCCAUUGCCAACGCUGCUACAGUAUUAACGAACAUGGCCAUGCAGGAGCCCCUGCGCCUGAACAUACAGAAUCACGACAUCAUGCAUGCCAUCAUCAGCCCACUGCGUUCUGCAAACACAGUCGUGCAGAGCAAAGCUGCUCUCGCUGUCACCGCAACUGCGUGUGACGUUGAAGCCCGGACUGAGUUAAGAAAUUCUGGUGGAUUGGAGCCCCUGGUAGAGCUGCUACGCUCCAAGAAUGAUGAAGUGAGGAAGCACGCCAGUUGGGCAGUGAUGGUCUGUGCUGGUGACGAGCUGACGGCCAAUGAAUUAUGCAGGCUCGGGGCUUUAGAUAUCCUUGAAGAAGUUAACCUAUCAGGAACUCGGAAAAAUAAAUUCAGUGAGGCAGCUUAUAAUAAGUUGCUCAAUAACAAUCUUUCCCUGAAAUACAGCCAGACUGGCUAUUUGUCAUCAAGUAACAUAAUUAACGAUGGAUUCUAUGAUUAUGGUCGGAUAAAUCCCGGCACCAAACUGUUGCCUUUGAAGGAGCUCUGCUUACAAGAACCAAGUGACCUACGGGCUGUACUCUUAAUCAACAGUAAAUCUUAUGUUUCUCCACCUUCAUCUAUGGAAGAUAAAUCAGAUGCUGGUUAUGGACGAAGUAUUUCUUCUUCAUCUUCCUUAAGAAGAUCAAGUAAAGAAAAGAACAAAAAAAAUAGUUAUCAUUUUAGUGCUGGAUUUGGAUCUCCCAUAGAAGACAAAUCAGAGCCAGCUUCUGGACGAAAUACUGUUCUCAGCAAAAGCGCCACCAAAGAAAAAGGAUGGAGAGUCCUCAAACAGCUGUUGCUUGCAUCCUGUCCAGCUUUUGUGACUGUAUUCAAUGGGACAGACAGGGUGAAGAAAAGCAAAGGAAAAAAAGAAGAGGAAAAAGUGAAAGAGGAGGAAGAGGUUAUGGCGGUACCAAAAUUUGUUGGUGAAGGAAGCUCUGACAAAGAAUGGUGUCCUCCCUCUGACCCUGAUUUCUCUAUGUAUGUGUAUGAGGUGACCAAAUCAAUACUGCCAAUAACCAAUAUUAAGGAACAGAUUGAGGAUCUGGCAAAGUAUGUGGCAGAAAAAAUGGGUGGUAAGAUUCCAAAAGAGAAACUACCUGAUUUCAGCUGGGAACUUCACAUAAGUGAACUGAAAUUUCAACUUAAAUCCAACGUUAUACCGAUUGGACAUGUCAAAAAAGGAAUCUUCUACCAUCGAGCUUUGCUUUUCAAGGCGCUGGCUGAUAGAAUUGGCAUUGGUUGCUCCCUAGUUCGCGGAGAGUACGGUAGAGCGUGGAAUGAAGUCAUGCUGCAGAAUGACUCUCAGAAGGGAGUGAUUGGGGGCCUCCCCGCUCCUGAGAUGUACAUGGUUGACCUCAUGUUCCAUCCAGGUGGACUGAUGAAGUUGAGAAGUCGAGAGGCUGAUCUUUACAGAUUCCUUUAAGCCAUCAGACGAACACAAGAGAGGCUCAAACAAGAAAUUCACUGUGUACACUCUCUAAGACAUUCUCCAAAUUGAUUUUAUCUCUUUAAAGAAAAACUUUAAAUAAAAGUAUUAGAAAUGUU